UUGCAACCGAAAGCAAUCUAUAACGAGGCACCUCUCCUCUCAUCGGAGGGUUCUAUCCCUUGCUUUGGAAAGGCAGAAACGAAGGAGAAGCUACGCCGACUUGGUGCUCAAACUCGUCGUCUACUACCUCGUGAUGGAGGACAUUGACAACUUACUACGUGCUUAUGAUGAAGAAAUUCAAAAGAUACAGCGCAUCUCUCGGGAUCAUUCACGAAGGAUAUUUGAAGAGAAUGAAAAGCUGAUGGCAGAGUUGGAUGCUAAGCGAAAAGAACUAGACCUGAGACGCAAACAAGUAGAUAUGUUGGCUGUUCAAAAUAAAAUCGACACAAGGAAACUUGAUUUAAAGAAGCAAAAGAAUGCAAGGAAAGAUGGUUCUCAGUUGGCUAGCAUGGAGCAGAAGAAAGCUGAUGAAAAUGUGCUGGGGCUUGUUGAAGAACAGAAGAGGGAGAAAGAGGCGGCUCUCAGAAAAAUACUCCAGCUUGAAAAGCAGUUGGCUGCAAAGCAAAAGCUUGAGUUGGAAAUACAACAGUUGAGAGGGCAGCUACAGGUCAUGAAGCACAGAGGGAGAAAGAGGCGGCUCUCAGAAGAAGAAUCAGAGAUAAGUGAAUCAGAGAUAGAUGACUAUGAGGAGAAAUUUUACUUGCACUUAAAGGAUGGGAAGCUCAAGGUAAAGAAUACCGACACCCUAUACAAAUGCCCUUUCUGUGCAGGCAAAAAGAAGCAGGACUACAACUAUAAAGAUCUUCUUCAGCAUGCCAAUGGAGUGGGUACUUCUAACCGGAAGGCAAAGGUGAAGGCAAA